CUACAUGGGGGAGAUCAGGAGGUUGCAGGAGAAGGAGCUGGAUCUGGCCGAGCUGGACAGCGAGGACUCGUCCUACCUGCAGGAGAGCAGGUUGAAGCGGCGCAUGAUGCGCAUCUUCCAGAGGCUCUGCCAGCUCAAGCGCUGCAGCAGCUUGACCGGGAGGGUCAUCGAGCAACGCAUCACCUACCGGGGCACCCGCUACCCCGAGGUCAACCGGCGCAUCGAGCGCUUCAUCAACCGCCCCGAGGCCUUUCCUGACUACUCGGACAUCCUGAAGGUGAUCCAGGAGGACUCUGCCCGCCACAGCUUGGGCGUGGCCCGGACCAGUCAGGACGCCUUCCGGGAGGUGGGGAACCGUCUGCAGGAGAGGAGGCACCUCGACCUGGUCUACAACUUUGGGAGCCACCUGACCGACCAGUAUCGGCCUG